CUCUCUCUCUCUCUCUCUCUCGGCUAUAAAGAGAGAAUUCCUCUCAUUUUAAAUCGCAGAGCAACUCCGUUCUUCUCUCCCUCGUUUCCGGUUAUAAAAACUUUGUUGGCAUUCAAGACGCACAGAGCGGCUUUCCGAUAAAGAAGACGAGAUCCUGCUGAAAUGUCAGACAGAGGAGUUGGAUUUGGGGGUGCAGCCUCACCCCCCUCUAUACAGAGGGAGACGAUGACUGAGAUAGAGGGGGUCCCCAUUGUAACCUCUGUCACCCAGAUUUGGGAUCAAGUUCGAAACUUCAAAGCCAGACCAGAUGAUGUGCUUAUAGCUACCUACCCAAAAGCAGGUACCACGUGGAUGAUCGAGAUCGUGGACUGCGUUAUGAACGAUGGCGACACGGAGCGCUGUAAGAGAAGCCCGACUCACGACCGAGCCCCGUUCAUGGAGCUGAACCCCCCGAAACCGUUCCACUCGGGUCUCCAGCAGUUAGCCUCCAUGCCGUCUCCCAGACUGGUAAAGACGCACCUGCCGGUACAGCUGGUGCCUCAGUCCUUCUGGGAGAAUGACUGCAAGGUGAUCUAUGUUGCUCGCAAUGCGAAGGACAAUCUCGUCUCCUAUUACCACUUCCAGCAGAUGAACCAGGCGCUCCCUGAGACAGGAAGCUGGGAGGAGUACAUCAGCAGCUUCCUGUCUGGGCAAGUGCCGUGGGGCUCCUGGUUUGAUCAUGUGACUGGCUGGUGGGAAUCGAAAGCAAAGCACAGAGUCCUCUACCUCUUCUAUGAAGACUUGAAAGAGGACCCAGCUCGUGAGAUUGACAGGGUGGCUCGUUUCCUGGGGAAGGGGCUGGACCAGGCAGUGAUUGACAGGAUCGCUGACCACACCUCCUUCCUCCAGAUGAAAGAGAACCCCAUGGCCAACUGCAGCACAGUGCCCUCCUUCAUAUUCAAUCAGGCCGUGUCUCCGUUCAUGAGGAAGGGGACGGUGGGCGACUGGAAGCAGCAUUUCACCGUGUCUCAGAGCGAGCGAUUCGACGAGGAGUACCGGCGCAGGCUGGCCGGCACGAGCCUCCGCUUCCGCACAGAGCUGUGAAUGAAGAGAGCAGGAGGACUACAGCUCCCAGACUCCCUCGCUGCCGCUGGGAGGAAACCUGAAGAACUACAAACCCGCUCGUAUGACUCUGGGAAGUGUAGUGUGAUAUUACUUUUUUUUUUUUUAAACUGAAGGUUUUUAAUGAAGGAUUUAGGACAUAAAUAAAGGGAAAUAAAAUACUGUACUUAUAUAUAUCAAAUGUAACUCUGUUUCACCAGCAAAGUUAAAUAAACUUCAACAAAAUAA